CUUCGGGUCUCGACUCGUCUGGAGCAUCAUCGACUCGUGAAGCGAUCACUUAAGUACCUCAGUUGUCGUCACCGGUGGUCCGUCACCGGGGAAGACUUCUCUCUCUAGCAUUGCCCGUUCUGUCGCGUUCUUUGCCAUUUUCCUUGCCCUGUGACGCCCGCAGUGUCCGCCUCCUCGAGAAUGAAGCUCAACAAUUUAAUAUGGGCGGCUAUUGCCGCAGCCCUUAGUGUACAAAGCACACCAACACCGGAGUUCAACACGAUAGAAGCACGUCUCGAUGAGGCAGCACGGAUUGGAAUUAGGCUGAACCUAACUCAGGCAUGCACCCGCUUGCAGCAGCAGUUCAGCACGCGAUUGUACCUGCCUGGGUCCGCGGUUUAUGACUACGAAACUACCACCCGAUAUUGGACUGCCGUGGAUUAUUCCACCCCAGCCUGCGUUUUUGUCCCGAAAGAACCGUCCGAAAUUAGCCUAUUCGUUCAGGUUGUGCGUCUGUUGAAUGUCAAGUUCGCCAUCCGUGGUGGUGGACACAUGCCCAUCCCCCUUUACAACAAUGCGGAUUCGAACGGCAUCCUGUUGUCCACUUCCAACCUCACGACACUAAGCAUCUCUUCGGAUAAAAACACGCUGAGCGUUGGACCUGGUCGGCGUUGGCGAGAGGUUGCUGAUUAUCUGGCGUCAUAUGGAAAGGCCGCGGUCGGUGGACGAGUUGGCAAGGUGGGAGUUCCUGGAUUGAUUCUCGGAGGCGGCAUUUCGUUCUAUUCGAGCCAAUACGGCUGGGGAUCGGACAGUGUUGUGAAGUUCCAGUGCGUGCUCGCGAGCGGUCAAUUGAUCGAGGCGACGGCGACCAACAACUAUUCCGACUUGUUCUGGGCUCUGAAGGCCGGUGGCAACUCGUUCUGCCUGGUCACCCGCUUUGAUAUCAAAGUUUAUAAUUCUCCUUCGGUUUGGGUUGGCAUUGCGCAAUACGAUGCCAGCAAUCGGGAAGAGUACCUCAACGCCGUGUAUACCUUUGGGGCAUUUGGAUCGCAGGAUCCAAAGUCUGCUAUCGUACCUACCAUCAUCAUGGCGCCAGCGGCCGGCCUCACUCUCUACGCAGCAACGAAGUUUUACGAUUCGCCGACCCUCAGUCCCACCGUGUUCCAGAACUUCACGGCUCCAGUUCUGACACCACUAAUCGACACCAUCACAUAUCAGCCUCUCAACGACUACCUUGCGCAAACGGAUCCGCUGCAGCCCGACGCUUUGCGCCAGAAGUUCCGGACGCUCACCUUCGUCGUCAACAAAGACGCCGUUACAUACAUCCACGACACGUUCACGACCAGAAUAAACGAGCUGGCCGCCAUUCCCGGCGUUGGGGCCAGUAUGACCUUCCAGCCGAUCACGAAGAACAUGCUCCAAGCAGGCGCCAAUUCUGGGGGCAAUCCGAUAGGUCUGGACGCCAACAACGGGCCAUACUUCGCGGUGGUGCUGAAUUGGAACUGGCUGAAUGCUGCCGACGAUGCUGCUGUCUCUACAUUUGCGAGUGGGAUCACAGCGCAGCUCGAAGCCGGAUUGCAGUCCCGUGGGGUUUCUGUCGGGUUCCGGUACCUGAACGAUGCAGACAAGGACCAGCUCGUCUUCCAGAACUACGGAGCAGCCAAUCUGGCGAAGUUAAAGUCAGUCAGGUCCAAAUAUGACUCGGCAAGAGUAUUCACCGACCUGAUGCCAGGUGGUUGGAAGGUCGCUGCCGCGUGAGUAGGGUUUAUAUACAAAAAUAUCUGUACAUAUAUAGGAUGAUCGGCUUUACCGUGUAAUAUUUAAUGUAUCUCAUCCCG